CAUGAUUAGUCAUAUCAAACAAAAGUGUUAAUCAGUGAGCAUAGAUAUAAUGAGUUCGUCCAUUUUGCUAACCGUUUCUAGUCGCUUUUGCUUGUGACGGCAUAAAAGCUGAGCAACACCCAAAUCCAAUACAUAGGAAACAAGAAGCUGAGCAAAGAAAAACUCAAAGCCUUAAGAGGAGGAGAGAAAAGAAAAACUCAGGAACAGAAUUUAUAGAUUUUCCCAAGUAAGAAGCCAUGCUUGCAGUCUACCAGCUUCCCCGACAAACAUCGUUUAUGAGUAAAGGCUAUAAAAAUGAUGGAACUGCCAGUGAAGGAGGUGGUGAGGGUGAAGACCCAGUUGCUAAAAUCGCAGACAAGGCCAAGCCAAGAAGCAGGGGCUCUCAGAGAAUUUCCAAGGAUGUGAAAGCGCCGAGAGAUGGAGAAGGCAUGAAUGGUGUUAGAUCGGGGCAGGUGGAAUUACAUGCCAUGAAACAGAGAUUUAGUAGAUAUGCUCCAAAACAUCACUCUCUUCAGCCCAGCCAAGUCGAAUCUCAAAGGGCUAGAGUUCCUGUGCGUUGUAGAUGGAUCACUUCUCAAUCAAGUGCCGAUUGCAUUGCUUAUCAUGAUGAGGAGUGGGGAGUUCCAGUUCAUGAUGAUAGGGAACUUUUUGAGCUGUUGGUUCUUGUUGGGGCACAGGCAGAUUUCACUUGGCCUACAAAUUUGAGCAAGCGUGAUGUCUUCAGGAUUGCAUAUGCAGACUUUGAUAUAGCCACUGUGGCUUCAUUUAAUGAGGAAAAAAUAAUGGGCCUGGCAUCUAACAGUAAAGUAAUGCAGCAUGAAGGGAAGAUUCGUGGAGUUGUUGCCAAUGCAAAGUGCAUCAUUGAGAUUGCAAAACAGUUUGGCUCAUUUGACAAGUAUGUUUGGCAAUUUGUAAAUUACAAACCACUUGUUAGCAAUUGUCACUCCCCAAGGCAGAUUCCUGUGAAGACACCCAAAUCUGAAUUGAUCAGUAAGGACUUGAUGAAAAGGGGCUUUCGCUUUGUUGGGCCAACCAUAGUGUAUUCCUUCAUGCAGGCUGCUGGAAUGACUAACAACCAUCUUGUAAAUUGUUUCAGACACAGAGAAUGUGCUCAAAUAGCAGAAAAGCACCAUCUACAACAUAAUUCUAAAUCUUAAAUAUGAGCAGACUUGACAAAUGCCAGAACUUAUUGGGUAUAACAAGAGCUAGUUAAUAUCUUGUUUUAGGAAAGAGGAUCCUUCAUUCUGUGCUGCAAGUCUUGGCUUUUGUUUUAGAGAGAAGUCAAUUGAUUUGAUUAAUGUGUUUGAAGAAUAAGGAAUAAACAAGCAUCAUGAUAAAGGGGUACUGAGCAAAGAGAACUACCUGUGAAAUGGUUAUGCAGCUAUCAUGAUAAUGUACUUCACUUUUAACUUAGGACCUUGUCACUAGUUAUCCUUGUUUGGUCCCUUGCUUAAGGGCUCAUAAUGUAUAUGUAAGGUUUUAUUUGGUUCUAUGAAAGGUUUUCUUUGAUAUUAUGUCUAA